UAUCAAACUCAAUCAUCUUUCAUAUACACUGUAUAUUGUCCUAUUUCAUUUCAAAUGUUUCGCGUUUAAUUAACCUUUUUUUAUUCACUGAGUAUUAAUUCGCGAACAUAUUUGAAUAGAAAUUCGAUUAUCAACUAGUCUAAUGUAUAUUUCAGAUGCAUUACACGUUAAGAGUAUAAAAGUCAAUAAGCAGAUCUGUAAAGUUAUCACUUUUAAGCUAUUUUAUCUAUUGAAAGACUUUUUUCUACAAAAGUUGAAAAAUGAUUUUUUUUUGUGGUUUGGCUUUGGCCUUAAUGCCUUUUAUAAUCGAAUGUGAAGGAGGGAAUUUGAUUGGAACCGCAAAACAUCCAAUCAUCGAGGCCAGUGCAAACCAAUCAGAACUGCCAAAUCAUAUACUGGAAGAUAUUCUCUACAAAGCUGGUUUUGAAGCAGCGAAGAAAGCAGCACAAAUAAAAAUAAGAUCCCGUGGAGCAAUCAAUAGAAUAUUUGAAGAUAACAUAAUAAUUAUCAAGCCAUAUCCACACGAGAAACACGAAGAAAUCAUUGAGUUUGAUCAAAAAGACGAACAUUUUCUUAAAAUUCAGGAUUAUGGCAAACUGAUGAGACUUUUUCAUCAUUUUGGUGAACAUGUCAGGAGAAUUCAUAUAUAUUACUAUUAUAUGGAUGAUGAUAUGCGUCGUGAUAUCAACGAAAAUAUCAUCAAAAAAUAUGCAAACCAAUUGACUGAGCUUGAAAUUUACACGCCUCAGGUUUGGUCAGAGUCACAAAAUGAACGAAUUUGGCAAGAAAUUUCGAAUGAAAAUGGAGAAAUUCAUUUUCCAAAAGUGAAAAAGUUCAAAUAUACCGGUCGAAUCAGUAGAAAAUCAUUCGAUGUGAAUUCAAUACUUCCCAGUAUUGAAAUUUUCAAAUUGCAUGGUGACGUAGACGACAUAAACUGCUUGGCAAAUGUGCGGCACCUGAAGGAGUUAUCACUUAAUACUAAGUCAAUUGGUGAAGAUCUACUAGUAAAUAUUAUUGCAAAUAAUAAACAGAUAACUAAGCUCACGCUUUGGAAUUACAACACAAUAAGAACUGUUCGAUCGAUUCGCGAAAAUUUAAAAGAUCUAAAAACACUGAUUGUUAAAUAUGUUGGAAAUGAUUUUUUCGUUCCAACAACUAAUAAGGUGUAUAAUUUUACAUCAGUAACUAGCUUUAGUGUCUUUGGAGUAAUGGCAAGUUUAUAUAGAAAUAUUUCAUUUGAUAUGCCUAACCUGGAAAAUCUCAAGUUGGUCGGAUGGAAUAUUGAUCAUCGAAUUUCUAAUUUUGUCAAUCGUUUCCACAAAUUGGAAACUGUAUAUGUGGAUGGAUUAACUGGAAAAAGUUCAAUGAGUUGUAUUAAAUCAAUGAUUCACGUUAAAGAAUUCGCUACAAUUGACUUUGGAAAUAGUAAACUGUCAUCUUUGAAAGACUUUUUCGAAAACUUUGAUAAAACCACAUCAAAUUUAAAGACAUUGAAGUUGUAUAAUUUCAAUUUUUCGGAAUAUUUUCGUUAUGAAGAUACAAUGAAUGAGAUAAAUAGUCAUUUGAAAGAAAUUUACAAACCAACAUGGAAAUUAUCUUAUGGGAGUGGACGAAGGGGAACAUCCAGACAUUAUUACUUGAUAUUUAAACGUGAUCUAAAUUCAUAACCAAUAAUGGUUUUUUUCGAGUUCAAAAAAAUUAUUUGAAAAAACGAUGUGAGUUUAAAUUGAAAUUGAUAAAUAAAACAUUUCCUCUUAAUAAAAGAGCUAAUCA